AUGACGGACACGCGGUUUCGCGGGUUUGGGCGAUACCCUAAACCAGCGCUGGCGCCGCUGCCCGUUACUGGUGCAGACAAUCCUCAGGGCGUGUUUGACCCGACAGCAAGCGCCAACACCGCAACGGCAACAAGUCCCAACACAGCCGCCAACACGAGAACGACGGUGCUGCAAGACACAACAGCAGCUCCGGCAGCACGCAAGGGCAUCGCGGGGUCGAAGAACAAAUGGAAGGCCGCAGAGACAAAGGACCGCGCGUCGCGGUUCGCACGCGUCACAAAGAUGCUGCAGGACAGCAUGGGCCGAGAGCGCAAGGAGAAGAUCCGCCGGAAGCGGCUCGCCAUGCAGAUGAUCGGCUUGCGCAGCUUCAAGGCCGAUGGCAGUAGCCCAGAUGAACAGAAACAGCACAGCGACAAGCCGCGUGACAGCGCCGAUGGCACGGCACCCGAAAGAGGAGGUUCUGACAGCAAUAAGGGCGGUAGCAGUGGAGACAGCAAGGACAGCACAACCGGAGAAGCCGUGAAGCCCCGCGUGAUCAUGUUCUCGCUUCCCGAUAACCAUCGCAGCGCCUCUGGGCGGUCAUCCGCGCCCACCUCAGCUACAAACCACCGACGCCACGCUGCGCGAUAUCGCAGCACCAGCGGUUCCGCCCACAGCGGCGGUGUGCGUGGCAGCCGCCCAUCUUCCAUGCCGCCUGUUCAUGCGCAGGCGCCCAAAUCGUUGUGGAAAGGCGGUGGCGCGAUGGGCCCAAGCGACCGCGAAGCAGAGGAGGCGCAGCUCAUCCUGGACGCCAACGUCAUCUUCGGCAUCUGCGGUCUUGUGGACCGGACGUCCGACGUCGCCGCCGUCCGCCUGACCGACCUCGAUCUCGUGGACGCGCGCGCACACGAGUUGGCGCAGUUCAGCCAGCUGCAACGGGUGGAGGCCGCAGAGAACAGGCUGCAGCUGCACCACUUUGCGGCGUUGCCGCGCCUGCGUGUGCUGGAACUGCAGUCCAACCACCUGCGCACGCUGCAGCCACAGCCCAUCGGGGCAUUUGAGCACUUGCAGGUGCUGAGCCUUGCCCACAACCGCUUGAAGGGCGACUGCAUCUCUGUGCUGGCGGCGUUUCCCAACCUCAGAUCCCUGGACCUGAGCAACAACCACAUCUCCUCCUUCCCCGUGCACGUGGAAAAGCAACAAGGCAGCGGUGAAGCAGCGCAACAAAGCUAUGGCGGACAAGGGUGGGAACAGUGCUAA